CUAAAGAAACUCGACUGGAUCAUUUCUGUUUCACUAAUACAGAACUAACCUGUACUGGUGCUGUGGUGGGAGAAGGUGGCACAGGUUUUGGUCAGUCCGGAGGGAAUGGACACCUUUCUGACCUCAUUUGGACUGAUGCUCAUGUGUGUCCAGUGCUCAGCUCAGAGACUCUCUCCGACCGGGAAGAACGUCUGCCUCAGUGUCAGGGAUUCUUCUGCAAUAUGUUGUUCUGGAUGGGGCCAGAGCGGUGAUGAAUGCACUGUCCCUCUCUGUGAGGGAGAAAGAGGCUGUCUUCAGGAUGAAGUGUGUGUUUACCCUGGACUCUGUCGAUGUAAAGCUGGAUUUUACGGUUACCAGUGCAAAACUCCUUGUCCUCCUGAGUUUUGGGGGCCAGACUGUCGUGAGUUCUGUCCCUGCCACCCUCAUGGUCUCUGUGAUCCAGUCACUGGUGUAUGCUCAUGCCUGCCCAACCGCUGGGGCAGCUUGUGCCAGAACAGCUGUAAAUGUGGCCGCCAUGGCAAAUGUGACCCUGUCUAUGGAAACUGCACCUGUGAGGAGGGCUGGUGGACGUCCACUUGCUCCAAAGCCUGUCAGUGCCACCUCGCUACCUCCACCUGUGACCAAGCCACAGGCCGCUGCAUUUGCAUUGAGGGCUAUUGGGGCCAAAAGUGCAGCCUGCCAUGCAACUGCUAUGUGUCCCCUUGUCAGCAGCGCACUGGGACAUGCCAGUGCCUGCAUGGCUGGUGGGGCCUGUCCUGUGACCGCCGCUGCAUUUGCAAUCUUAACUAUGCUGACUGUGAUGUGCAAACUGGCAGCUGUUUGUGCUACCCAGGUUACAAAGAGCCUUUCUGCAAUGAGCUUUGUGACAGUGGAAAAUAUGGCAGAGGCUGUAAGAACAGCUGUGGACAUUGUGAAGGAGGCAGGCCUUGCUCUAAGUUGGAUGGCCUGUGUGAUGCCUGUGAACCAGGAUGGAAUGGCACUCGCUGUGAUCAACGCUGUCCUGCGGGUUAUUAUGGCCAUCGCUGCCAAGAAGUUUGUCCGUAUUGUCGAAACAUGGACCCAUGUGAUCCGGAAACUGGAGCAUGUUUGCAAUGUAAUCCUGGCUGGACUGGACCAAGAUGUGACAAACCCUGCACAGAUGGUAGAUACGGAGAUGGCUGUCGCUUCCUCUGUAAAACUUGCAAUCACGGCCACUGCGACCAUGUGACAGGAAGUUGCAUUUGUCUUCCUGGCUUUCAGGGUGAGAGCUGUAACAGCACAUGUCCUCUUAACCUUUAUGGCAUCAACUGCUCCUCCACAUGUGAUUGUGGAAAUCAAGCCUGCCAUCCAGCCACAGGGGCUUGUCCAAACAGUAGCAGAGCAGGUCUUUUAGCAGGGCUUUUGAUUCCUCUCUGCAUAUUAAUACUCGCCUUGUUGUUCUGCUGCUGCUGUUGUGGGAGGCCAGUCAAAGGAAAGGAUAGGGUCACGGUUGGGGAUGGCAGUCCUGCAGUCCGUAUGAAGCACCAUGUUUAUACUGUGUUGGCCAACAUGGGUUCAGCAAUGCCUUGCAUCACUCUUUGGUCAUCUGGUUUGCCCAGGGUUACUGUCUCGCAUCAUGAUCCUGAGCUCACAUUUAACCACAGCUUCAUCGAGCAGCCAUCAUCCGGCUGGGUAACAGAUUCAUUCGAAACUGAUGAGGAUGGAGAAGCUGUUUACUGUGAACCACCCAGGGAAGAUGUUCUUACUGAGGCCGGCGGAGAGCUUCAGGAGCUUAACUCCAAGUGUAACUUCUUCCCUGACCCGUCAACCUUCAGCAGCGAGGACAUGUCACAAGCUUUUGGCAUCCCUCGUACCUCCAGCAUCGCCAAAUCCAAACGUCCUUCGGUUUCAUUCGCAGAGGGUACAAAGUUCAGCCCAAAAGAGCGUCGCAGUUCAACCCAAGAUCUGCAAGGGACUGCUCGAAAACCCAAACCCUGGGGCGUCCUGAUGAUCUCCGCACUGCAAGGAGGACAGGGAAACCAGAAUAACGAAACAGAAACAGAGAAAGAAGAAAACAACGAUGAGGAAAACAUCUCUGCUGAGCAAACAGCUUCCUCUGAAAUACCACAAAAUGAUUCGGAAAGAUAUAUUUCGGGCCUGCAGAGAACUCACCUCGCUGUACCUGGUGGAAGACGACGCACUCUUUCUAACCCCAAAAAGAACAUCCAAUCAUCUGAUGGGGGCCAGGACGCAGAUUCAGAGAAGUUAACAACAGUAUACGUUACUGUAGGUAAGACCUCCAAAAUGGUCAAGCAAGAGCCUCCUUCAGAAGGGCCAGUUCAGGCCAUGCUGCGCAGACUAGGAAGCCUCCAGAGGCAAAAAGACGAAGCUGCUAAAGGGAAGGCCCAAGCGAUUGUUAAGCCUCCACGGAGGAAACUAGGAGCCCGAGCCAGCGCGUGGGAGCAAGCGAACGAGUCAGGCCGAUCAGAAGUGGUCAUGAGGAAGCCUAGUCGUAAAAAGCACAGCUCUCUCAGCUCUCCGUGCACAGUUGGGGCAACAGACUCUCCUCAGGAGAACAGUGCCCCCAAGAGGCCACUGUCCUCCAUUUUAAAAAGCGUUCCUGAGAGUGAUCCGCUUCAUAGUUUAGAGGUGGAACAGGACAGUGAGGAGACUGGCAUACAGACUGAGCAUACUUAUGAGACUGUGGCUCUGCCUGACACGGUCUCCACCUCUUCAGAGAUUAUUAUUAAUGACACAGUUAUGGACCAAGCAGAAAAUGAGCCCAAUUAUGAGAAUGUUUAUUUAAAGCAUUGAUAACACUGCUAAAUUUUAUGGUUUUAAGCGUGUGUUCACAAUUUAGUUGUUUUGGUUCGAUAGAUUUCAAACUAAUAAUGAGAAUAAUACUUUUAGUCCUGGGUUUAUAAUAUAGAGUUGAAGUCAAAAUUAUUUCCCCUCCUGUGAAUUUUCUUUUCUUUUUCAAAUGUUUCCUAAAUGAUGUUUAACAGAGGAAAGAAAUUUUCACAGUAUUUCCUAUAAUAGUUUUUCUUCUGGAGAAGUUUGUAAUUUUUAAAAAACAUUUUAAGGUCCAAAUUAUUAGCCCCUUCAAGCUCUAUUUUUUUUAUUGUUUACGGAACAAACCAUCGUUAUACAAUAACUUGCCUAAUUACCCUAACCUGCCUAAUUAACCUAGUUAAGCCUUUAAAUUGCACUUCAAGCUAAAUACUAGUAUCUUACAAAUAUCUAGUCAAAUAUUAUGUACUGUCAUGGCAAAGAUAAAAUAAAUCAGUUACUACAAAUUAGUUGUUAAAAUUGUUAUGUUAUGAAAAACUUAUUUUCGGGGCUGCAUGGUGGCGCAGUGGGUAGCACGUUCGCCUUACAGCAAGAAGGUCGCUGGUUUGAGCCUCAGCUGGGUCAGGUGGCUUUUCUGUGUUUGCAUGUUCUCACAGUGUUUGUGUGGGUUUCCUCCAGGUGCUCUGGUUUCCCCUACAAAUCCAAAGACAUGCGGUACAGGUGAAUUGGGUUGGCUAAAUUGAAUGAGUGUGUAUGGAUAUUUCCCAGCGAUGGGUUGCAACUGGAAGGGCAUCCGCUGUGUAAAACAUAUGCUGGAUAAGUUGGCGGUUUAUUCAACUGUGGCGACCCCAGAUUAAUAAAGGGUCCAAGCCGAAAAGAAAAUGAAUGAAUGAAACUUAUUUCUGUUAAGCGGGCUAAUAAUUCAGGGGGGCCUCAUAAUUCUGAUUCUACUGUAUAUUUAGCAACAGAACUUCUCCUAAACAGUGCUUUUUGUUAAAUGCAAUCACUCUGUGUGCAUGCAUGUGAUGACAUUUUAUAAUUUGAGAACUAAAUUGUGUAAAGGCAAAAAAGAUGCACAAAUCAAGAUCUACUACAAGUUUCAGAGACAAGUUUCUGCCAUCUGUAGGUAAACGAGUAAUAUUGUGCCUAUAAAGAGAGAAAUCUGUGAACACACUCUUAAAAGGGCAUUAUUUCCCUUUGAUUUGUACUGUAUGUUUAAACUAUAUAAGUAAACAUGACUGCUUAAAAAUAAGACGUUUUGCUCUUUCAUGUCAUGUCCAUUAAAUUGAAACAGCUAUUUAAAAAAGAAAGAAAAGAUUUUUUUUCAAUAUGUUAUUGAGAUUUUUCUCUCAUGUACCAGAUAUUACUGAUGUUUUCAUACACCGAUAACCAGAGCGUUGAGGAUAGUAAGAUUUAUUUUUUUUACUUUAACUUAUUAAAUUAACACUUUAAAUCUGCUUAUUAAAA